CUCUCUGCUUGGUGUUUUCACUUCCUUCCCUUCAGAGCUGUAUCCGGGUCGUUGCUUUCCCUAUUGUUUUAUGCAACCGGCCUCGAGUUGUGUAAAUUCUGAGUCUUUUGUUGCUUUUGUUGCAGGCUAAUAAAGUUUUUCUUUCGUUUAUUUUUUUUUCUAAGAGUUUUAACAGGGGACGUUAACUCCCCAGGGCUGCCGGGUUAGCCGCGCUGCCUGGGCCGGAGGGCGCCUUUGGCCGGGGAAGCGCCAAAGGAAGGCGCGCUAGCGGCCGGGGUCGGUUCUACGAGGACCAGGGGCCGGGGGGCGGGAGGGGAACCGCGGGGCUGCACCUGGGGCGCCCCGGUCUGGUCCGCGGCGCCGCCUAUUUUUAAUAGCAUCUUUUGGACUCGUUUCCUUGGUCUCAGUCCUCGACCUCGGCGCUGCCUGGGCUCUCGCAGCCUCUCCCUAGGUCUACUCCAAACGACCACCUCGGAUUCCUUAUGGAUCGCAGCUCCAAGAGGAGGCAGGUGAAGCCUUUGGCAGCUUCUCUGCUAGAAGCUCUCGAUUAUGAUAGUUCAGAUGACAGUGAUUUUAAAGUUGGAGAUGCUUCAGAUUCUGAAGGGAGUGGUAAUGGAAGUGAAGAUCCUUCAAAGGACAGUGGAGAAGGUUCCUGUAGUGAUUCUGAAGAAAAUAUUUUAGAGGAAGAACUGAAUGAAGAUAUUAAAGUAAAAGAAGAGCAACUUAAAAAUUCUGCAGAGGAAGAAAUACUAUCAUCAGAAAAACAGUUAAUUAAAGUGGAAAAGAAGGAGGAAGAAGAGAAUGGAGAGAGGCCUAGAAAGAAAAAGGAAAAAGAGAAGGAGAAAGAAAAAGAUAAAGAGAAGGAGAGAGAGAAGGAUAAAGGAAAAGCAACAACAUCUGAUAACGUGGCUGCUUCUGCUGCUUCCACCACACCAGCCACAAGUCCUCCUGCUGCUAACACAUCUCCUUCAGUCCCCACUACAACAACUACAGAGGAACAAGUCAGUGAGCCAAAAAAGUGGAACCUUCGUCGCAACCGACCACUUUUGGAUUUUGUAUCCAUGGAAGAGCUGAAUGACAUGGAUGACUAUGAUAGUGAAGAUGACAAUGAUUGGCGACCCACUGUAGUAAAAAGAAAGGGAAGAUCUGCAUCUCAGAAGGAAGGAAGUGAUGGAGACAAUGAGGAUGAUGAAGAUGAGGGAAGUGGGAGUGAUGAGGAUGAGAAUGAUGAAGGCAAUGAUGAAGAUCAUAGCAGCCCUGCCAGUGAAGGGGGUUGCAAGAAGAAGAAGAGUAAAGUUCUUAGCAGAAACAGUGCUGAUGAUGAGGAACUGACCAAUGAUAGCCUGACACUAUCUCAGAGCAAGAGUAAUGAGGACUCGCUGAUUCUUGAGAAGAGUCAAAACUGGAGUUCUCAAAAAAUGGACCAUAUUCUGAUUUGCUGUGUUUGUCUUGGAGAUAAUAGUGAGGAUGCUGAUGAAAUAAUUCAGUGUGACAAUUGUGGCAUUACAGUCCAUGAAGGUUGUUAUGGAGUUGAUGGAGAGAGUGACUCUAUUAUGAGUUCAGCUUCUGAAAACUCCACUGAACCUUGGUUUUGUGAUGCCUGUAAAUGUGGUGUUUCCCCUAGCUGUGAACUAUGUCCCAAUCAGGAUGGAAUUUUCAAGGAGACAGAUGCUGGAAGAUGGGUUCACAUUGUUUGUGCCCUGUAUGUUCCUGGUGUAGCCUUUGGAGAUAUCGACAAAUUGCGACCAGUAACACUAACAGAAAUGAACUAUUCCAAAUAUGGUGCCAAGGAGUGUAGCUUCUGUGAAGACCCUCGUUUUGCUAGAACUGGAGUUUGCAUUAGCUGUGAUGCAGGGAUGUGCAGAGCCUAUUUCCAUGUGACCUGCGCUCAGAAGGAAGGUCUGCUUUCAGAGGCAGCAGCAGAGGAGGAUAUAGCAGAUCCAUUUUUUGCUUAUUGUAAGCAACAUGCAGAUAGGUUAGACAGAAAGUGGAAGAGAAAAAACUACUUGGCUCUACAAUCCUAUUGUAAAAUGUCUUUACAAGAAAGAGAGAAGCAACUGUCACCAGAAGCACAGGCAAGGAUCAAUGCCCGGCUUCAGCAAUAUCGUGCCAAAGCAGAACUAGCUCGAUCCACCAGACCCCAGGCCUGGGUUCCAAGGGAAAAAUUGCCCAGACCACUCACUAGCAGUGCUUCGGCCAUUCGUAAACUUAUGCGGAAAGCAGAACUGAUGGGGAUCAGUACAGAUAUCUUCCCAGUGGACAAUUCAGAUACUAGUUCUAGUGUGGAUGGAAGGAGAAAACAUAAGCAACCUGCUCUCACUGCUGAUUUUGUGAAUUAUUAUUUUGAGAGAAAUAUGCGCAUGAUUCAAAUUCAAGAAAAUAUGGCUGAACAAAAGAAUAUAAAGGAUAAAUUAGAGAAUGAACAAGAAAAGCUUCAUGUGGAAUAUAAUAAGCUGUGUGAAUCUUUAGAAGAACUACAAAACCUGAAUGGAAAACUUCGAAGUGAAGGACAAGGAAUAUGGGCCUUACUAGGCAGAAUCACAGGGCAGAAGUUGAACAUACCGGCAAUUUUGCGAGCACCCAAGGAGAGAAAACCAAGUAAAAAAGAAGGAGGCACACAAAAGACAUCUACUCUUCCUGCAGUACUUUAUAGUUGUGGAAUUUGUAAGAAGAACCAUGAUCAGCAUCUUCUUUUAUUGUGUGAUACCUGUAAACUCCAUUACCAUCUUGGAUGUCUGGACCCUCCUCUUACAAGGAUGCCAAGAAAGACCAAAAACAGUUAUUGGCAGUGUUCGGAAUGUGACCAGGCAGGGAGCAGUGACAUGGAAGCGGACAUGGCCAUGGAAACCUUACCAGAUGGGACCAAACGAUCAAGGAGGCAGAUUAAGGAACCAGUGAAAUUUGUUCCACAGGAUAUGCCUCCAGAACCCAAGAAGAUUCCAAUAAGAAACACGAGAACCAGAGGACGAAAACGAAGCUUCAUUCCUGAGGAAGAAAAACAUGAGGAGAGAGUUCCUAGAGAGAGGAGACAAAGGCAGUCUGUGUUACAAAAGAAGCCCAAGGCUGAGGAUUUGCGAACUGAAUGUGCAACUUGCAAGGGAACUGGAGACAAUGAAAACCUUGUCAGGAACUUCAUUGACCAGCAUAUUCACCCUUUUGUUCCACUACCUUCUGCCAUUUUUCAGGCAACUUCAUAAUUCCAUCUUCCCAAAACUUUUUAUCUUUUUGAGCAAAGAACUGUUCCAGGUGCCUUUUACAGUCUUCCAGGGAAUCGAAAAUUUUCCAUUAAGAGAAUUUUGUACAGACCUAAAUAAAUGGAAAUCUGAAGGUGCAAUGUCUGGUGAAUAUGGUGGAUGAAUCAGAACUUCCCAGCCAAGCUGUAACAGUUUUUGCCUGGUCAUCAAAGAAGCAUGUGGUCUUGUGUUAUCCUGCUGGAAGAUUAUGCGUUUUCUGUUGACUAAUUCUGGACGCUUUUCGUCAAGUGCUGCUUUCAGUUGGUCUGAUUGGGAGUGGUACUUGUUGGAAUUAAUCCUUUGGUUUUCCAGAAGGAGCUCAUAAUAGAGGACUCCCUUCCACUCCCAGCAUAUAUACACAACAUCACCUUCUUUGGAUGAAGACCGGCCUUUGUUGUGGUUGGUGGUGGUUCAUUUUGCUUGCCCCACGAUCUCUUCCAUUCCACAUUAUCGUACAGUAUCCACUUUUCAUUGCCUAUCACAAUUUGUUUUAAAAACGGAACGUUUUCAUUACGUUUAAGUAGAGAAUCGCAUGUGGAACUAUGGUCAAGAAGGUUUUUUUCGUUUAACUUAUGUGCAGCCCAAACAUCAAAGUGAUGAACAUAACCAAGCUGGUACAAAUGAUUUUCAGUGCUUGAUUUGGAUAUUUUGAGUGUGUCUGCUAUCUCCUGCAUGGUAUAACGUUGAUUGUUCUCAAUUAAUGUCUCAAUUUGAACACUGUCAACUUCAACUGAUCUACCUGACCAUGGAGCAUCGUCCAGCGAGAAAUCUCCAGCACGAAACUUCACAAACUACUUUUGACACAUUCAAUCAGUCACAGCACCUUCUCCCUACAAUGCACAAAUAUUGUUUUGUGUUUUAGUUGCAUUUUUACCUUUCUUGAAAUAAUAAAGCAUAAUAUACUGAAAA